AUGACCAUCCAAGGAGUCUACCUGGAGUCAGUCGACAUCCACUCCGACGAAUUCAAAGAUUUCGCAGCUCGCUUCCAGCGCAGGCUUGUCUCUCUGUACGAGAUCAACUACGCCGAGCUAGUCUGCGGGUACCUGGGCGAUGCCACAGAAUGGGGUUCUACCGCCUAUUACCAUGGCACCUCGCACUGUGGAUGUGUUGACCGACGCAUCUGUAACGACAGUAACACCAGGAUCAACGUCCAUGAGUGGUGCACGAGCAACAUCUGUAGCACAAAGGGCAUUAUGACUUCUGGUCACCUACGCACCAAGCUUGCCUUUAACAUGGAAGGACAUUUCUUCUCUCCUUUGGUGACAACUGCGAUCGACUAUGCCGGUUACAGAAGCUCGAAGGUCUACGCCUCAAAUUUUCUCAGUAUUUUUAUCUGCAUUGCGAGGAAGGUCCAAUCCAGCCAAAAGGGGGCCCACUUCUACUAUGUGCAAGAUGACAGCGAGAUCCUCCCCGUCUUCCUCGCGAUCGUUCGAGUCUAA